ACCUUCGCUCUUUUGGUGAAGGCGUGCAGGAAGUUCAGAGAUGCUGAUUUACUGAAGCAGGGGAAGAAAGCUCAUGGGCAGGUGAUGAAAAACGGAGCUAUGGAUUUUAUUGUUAUUAAAAACUCUCUUUUGAGCAUGUACUGUGAUAUGAGACUGUUGGGCGAAGCCAGAUUGUUAUUUGAUGAGAGCUCUGAUUUGGAUUUGAUAUCCUGGAACGUUAUGGUGUCUGGUUAUGGGAAGAGUGGGAAUCUUAAUGCUGCUCGUUACCUGUUUGAUGAAAUGCCUGAGAAAAAUUUGGUUUCUUGGGGCGCCAUGAUAGAUGCAUGUGUGAGGGGUGGGGAUUAUGUGGAAGCUCUGAGAUUGUUCAGUAGAUCGCAAUGUGAAGGAGUGAGGCCCGACAUCGUUAUGCUGGUGAGCACACUGAAGGCUUGCGGGCAUGCUGGUUCGAUCCGUCAAGGUUAUUGGAUUCAUCUAUACAUUGAGCAAAACAAACUUGGUAGUAGUGAUAAAGGUAGCAAUGUCAUCCUCAGCACCGCUCUCGUCGAUAUGUAUUGUAGAUGUGGGUGCAUUGAUGCAGCAUUCGAUGUGUUUGAUCAGGUUACGAACAAAGAUAUCGUGCUCUGGAACGCGAUGAUUGGAGGGCUUGCGAUGCACGGUCAUGGGCGCCGCGCUCUCGAGAUAUUUGGUAGAAUGAUGGAGACGGGAGUGAUGCCUAAUGAGUCAACUUACAUGGGAGUCAUGUGUGCAUGCUCACAUGGUGGUAUGGUUGAUGAAGGAAUUGAGAUAUUCGAGUCUAUGAAGACUCGUGGUGUGGAACCUCAGAGGGAGCACUAUGGCUGCCUGGUUGAUCUCAUGGGAAGGGCUGGAAGGAUACGAAGAGCCGAAGAGGUGCUUCUCAGCAUGCCAAUGGAGCCUCAGGCAGAGCAAUGGGGCGCCUUGAUGUCUGCUUGCAGAAUGCACCGCGAAUUCGAUGUGGGUGUUCGUGCCGGGAGGCAUUUGAUAGAGCUCGAACCACACGAUGCCGGUCGCUAUGUGAUGUUGGCGAACGUGUACGCCGGCACAGGUCGAUGGAAGGAAGCCAUGGAUGUGAGAAGGGAGAUGGAAGAGAAGGGGGUGAAGAAGGAGAGGGGGUGGAGUUUGAUUGAGUGGAAUGGAAGAGUUGAAGAGUUUGUGGCUGGGGAUUGGAGGCACCAACAGAGAAGAAAGAUAUAUGAAGUGGUUGGGGAGAUGGAGAGGAGAUUGGAGAAGGUUGGGUAUGUGAAGGAUACAUCUGAGAUGGUGAUAGACAUGGAUGGUGAGGAGGAGAAGGGUGUGGCAAUGUCUCAUCAUAGUGAGAAGCUUGCCAUGGCUUUUGCAAUUUUGAAUAUUGGAGAGGGGGUGAUUGUAAGAAUUGUGAAGAAUCUUAGAGUGUGUAGGGAUUGUCAUAAUUAUACUAAGUUGGUCUCAAAGGUGUAUGGGAGGGAGAUAGUUGUGAGAGAUAGGAGUAGGUUUCAUCACUUCAAAGAAGGGUUUUGUUCUUGUAAUGAUUACUGGUGAUCUAUCAAAAUAAGAAAUUGAUUGUUUAUGAAG